ACGCGUCUGUCAGUGCCUCAACAUCUCUGCAGGAAUGACAGUGCACUGACCAAAGCAAGGAACCACUCCACUUCUCCACAUCAGCUGAACGAGCAGCUCAUCCGUCUGAACUGGAUUUACAUCACCUCCCUCACCUCACGGACCGACCUGCAGCCGCUUGACAGAGACAUGUCAUCGUGAUAUUACACCCUCCAUGUUCGCUGCAAGACAAACCAUGAUGAGAUGACCGAGGACUUGUAGGGCUGACAGCAGAGGAGCUGACGGUAAAUGAGAGGCCGUCACCAUGCCCUCGGGGAAGUAUGGGAUGCAGGGGGAAUGGGAGAAGGAGGGGGACCAGGAGAUCAUGAUGGACUUCCUGCUACCCACUGGGAUCUUCCUCAAAUUCCCUGUGACACGAAACGACACCAUCAAAAACAUCAAAAAAAUGGUUUGGAAAAAUGCCAGAAGUGAGGCCCUUUUUGGCGCGCUAGGAGAACCCGAUGCAUACGUCUUCACCUGCAUCAACGGGACGGCAGAGAGGGAGGAACUAGAAGAGGAAUCGAGGCGCAUAAGUGACGUGCGGCCCUUCAUGUGUGUCCUGAGGCUGGUGGCAAGGGAGGGCGACCGAGUCGAGAAACUCACCAAUACACAAAUCAGCUUGUUAAUUGGCAAAGGUCUGCAUGAGUUUGAGGCCCAAAAGAACCAUGAGGUAAACGAGUUUCGGACCAAGAUGCGUACGUUUUGCGAAGAGAAGGCUCAGGAGCGGCAGUUGUUGCCAUGGCAGAAGUGGAUGGAAUACAGCUUCCCGUGCAACCUGGAGCCAUGCUGCUCUCCGCCAGUGGGUGCAAAGUCCAAAAACUCCAAGAAGAUUUUCAUCAAUGUCAAGUUUGAGGCUAGUGAUGAAAGCUUCAUGUUGCAGCAGGAUCCUCAGGACCUCCCUAUGGCUUUGAUAAAGAGCGCUCUGAAGAAGAAAGCCACUGUGUUUCGCUCAGUGAGACAGGAACCUGAAGACUACACCCUACAGGUCAACGGCAGGUGGGAGUUCAUCUACGGGAAAAACCCACUGUGCCAGUUCAAAUAUAUUUUCUGGUGUUUGAGUAAUGGCCAAAAUGCCCAUUUAACCAUGGUGCAUCACUCCACCAUCAGCAAAUACCAGGAGGAGCAGGGCAGAAUGGGCAGCCAGGUAUUUAAGAGCCGCUCGUUGUCCAGACCUCCUCCGCUGCCCCUGAAGAAGCAGAAUACGUCUUCUCUGUGGUCCAUCAAUGAGCCUUUCUGCAUUCACCUGCUUCAGGGCAGCCGAGUCAACGCAGACGAAGGGAUGAAGCUUGUGGUGCAGGCUGGCCUGUUCCAUGGCAGUGAACUCCUCUGUAAGGUGGUGACCAGCUCGGAGGUGGCGGUGUCCUCUGAGCCCCUGUGGGAUCAGAAGCUGGAGUUUGACAUUAAUGUGGCCGACCUGCCCCGCAUGAGCCGUCUGUGUUUUGCACUCUAUGCUGUCAUUGAGAAAGCCAAGAAACCCCGUGGCACUAAGAAGAAGAAUAAGAGAGCGGACUGUCCGAUAGCCUGGGUGAACACUAUGGUGUUUGACUACAAAGACCAGCUGAAGACCGGAGAGGUCCUCUUGUCCAUGUGGCCAUCUGUUCCUGAUGACAAAGGGGAAUUGUUGAAUCCAAUGGGAACUGUGGAGAAGAACCCCAAUGUGGACAGCGCUGCCGGGCUUUUCAUCCGCUUCAACAAUAUCCGUCCUUACCCUCUCUAUUACCCUCCACUCGACAAGAUAAGUGCUGUGGACAAGAAUGGAGAUGUAACUUUUCCCGCCAAAGAAGAGUACAUGAAACUCAAAGAAAUCAUGGAUAACAAAAACUACACCGAGUUCUUUGAGGAUGAGAAGGAGCUCUUGUGGAAGCUUCGUGCAGAAGUCUGUGAUUGCUUCCCUGAAAGUCUGUCUAAGUUGCUCCUCAUCACCAAGUGGAAUAAGCGUGAGGACGUAGUUCAGAUGGUGAGCUUGCUGAAAAACUGGCCGGACCUCCCUGCCAUCCCUGCCUUGGAGCUGUUAGACUACAGUUUUCCCGACCCAGUAGUCCGUUCUUUUACCAUCAGAUGCCUCAGGAAGCUCAGUGAUGAUGAGCUGCUGCAGUACUUAAUCCAGCUGGUCCAGGUUUUGAAGUAUGAGUCCUAUCUCGAUUGUGACCUCACCACUUUCCUGCUGGAGAGAGCUUUGUCAAACUGGAGGAUAGGACACUUUCUCUUUUGGCAUCUAAGGUCUGAAAUUCAUGUGCCGUCUGUGAGUUUACGCUUUGGCCUGAUUUUGGAAGCUUACUGCAGAGGAAACAUCCACCACAUCAGGCUCUUAAGCAAACAGAACGAAGCUCUGGGCAAAAUGAAGGCCCUGAGUGACUUUGUCAAAUCAGGCUCCCAGAAGAUGACAGUGGAUGACCUGAAGCUGUGUAUCAGACAGGAGUCUUACCUGGAGGCCCUGUCAGACCUGCUGUCACCUCUCAACCCCAGCAUCAUCCUCAGUGAGAUCUGUGCAGAUAAGUGCAGAUUCAUGGACUCCAAGAUGAAGCCGCUGUGGCUGAUGUAUAGGAACCCUGGUGCUCAGGGAGACAUGGUGGGCAUCAUCUUCAAGAAUGGAGACGAUCUUCGGCAAGACAUGCUGACCCUCCAGAUGAUCCAGCUAAUGGAGAACUUAUGGAAAAAAGAAGGUCUUGAUCUCAGAAUGAUCCCAUAUGGCUGUUUGUCCACUGGGAACAAGAUGGGGCUCAUUGAGGCUGUGAAGCACGCAGACACCAUAGCCAAUAUCCAGAGGAACAGCAGUAACAGCGCCGCCACAGCUGCCUUCAACAAGGACGCUCUGCUUAACUGGCUCAAAUCAAAGAAUCCUGAGGACAAACUGGAUCAGGCAAUAGAAGAGUUUACACUGUCCUGUGCUGGCUACUGUGUAGCUACUUAUGUCCUUGGUAUUGGAGAUCGUCACAAUGACAACAUCAUGAUCAGGGAAACAGGACAGCUGUUCCACAUUGACUUUGGGCAUUUCCUCGGCAAUUUCAAGCGGAAACUCGGGAUCAACAGGGAGCGCGUGCCUUUUAUCCUGACUUACGACUUUGUCCAUGUGAUCCAACAAGGAAGGACAAACAACAGUGAGAAGUUUGAGAGGUUCAGGGAGUACUGUGAGCGGGCCUACAAGAUCCUGUGUCGAAAUGGGACGUUGUUCGUCAACCUCUUUGCUAUGAUGAAGGCAGCAGGACUGCCAGAGCUCACCUCCUUCAAAGACAUCCAGUAUCUAAAGGACUCUUUAGCUUUGGGAAAAUCAGAAGAGGAGGCGUUGAAGAAUUUCAAAGUGAAGUUCAACGAAGCUCUACGGGAGAGCUGGAAGACAAAGGUGAACUGGAUGAUGCACUCCUUGGCCAAAGAUAACAGACCGUAAGGAACAUUGCACCAAGGUAACCUGAAGAGCGACCAAAAACGUAUGGUUUCUAACUUAUGGAUUGAAAAGGGAAGUUCAUUAAUAUAUUUACUUUGUUGAUGGCAUUCGAGGACACUCAUAAAAUGUUUACAUCUGACUGGCCUGGUUGUGGAAAUUAACAUGAGAGUGGAGAGACUGUUUUCAUCCUGGAGCAUAAUUACAAAAGAUACUUUCACCAUGAAGGAAAUCCAUCACACUCAUCAUCCUAGCAUCAAAUAAUAGGAUUCCUUUGCCUUGAAGACACAGCUGAAGAAACAUUACACAGGUUUUUUAAUGCUACUUGAAAACUCACGUGAAAGUGUCAUGAAUCAGUAAAACAGGAGCAGAGACUGAAAGCUCAUCUCAUUGACCACAUUACUCAGCCGGGUGCAAUCUGCAAACAAACUUUAUGACAACUUAAGACGCCACUGUCAGGUCAUGGAGCAGAAUAAUACAGCAGCAGUUUCGUGUCAAGGCUUUUGUACAGUUUACAUCCCUUGAUGGCUGUGUCGUCGCCUCUUAUUUCAAAUGCCCUCAUGCAAUUGUGUCUUUUUCAGUUUUUUGUAUUUAAUUUAAUUUGGUAGCUCAAAAGUACUUGUAAAUAGUCAUGAAGGAUAUUUUUAAAGGAUUUUUUAUUUUAUUGCCGUGCCACUUGUCAAUGUGUAAUAUUGCCUUGAAGUACUGUGUGUUGCCUUAAGAGUGCCAGUAGACCAGAAGCAUUGUAACCAUGACAAUCUAUUGUAAAAUAGUGAAGUAUAUUUAAAUUGGAGCUUUAUUUUGGUAGCAUCUUCCAGUAUAAGUGUUGGCCAUUAAGCAGACUCUUACCAAACACUUCAUAUGCAUUAAAUGAAUGGUUUGACAUUUUUGUGGAUAAGCUUAUUUGCUUUCUGGUUGAUAAUUUGACAAGCAGUAAGCUAUUUAACCCUCUGACUGUAGAUUUUAUGUGAAGCUGUAGUGAGCAGCCUUUAGUUUAUCUGAGCACAAAGACUGGACACUUGGAAAAUGCUUGCUUGGCUCUGUCACAGUGCCCCCUACAGCACCUCCAAAACUCAGCAGAAAGCACUGCAGAAUAAAAAGAUCAAAUUGUGUUCUUUAAAGUUACUUUACCAAAACUUUUUAGAGGUACUGGUAGGUGGAUUGCAUUUACUUUUGAGCAGAACAAGCUGGUGUUUUCCUUUGUUUUCAUUAUCUGUGCUAUGCUUUGCUUUGUGUGUACUGGCCCCAGGUUCAUAUUCAAUGGACAUACAGUAUGUGUAACUGGAAUGGUUUCAUUAUCCUCUUAGCAAGCAAAAGAAUAGGCUUGUAUCCAAAAAUGUUAAACCAUCUCUUUAAUGUCGGUUGUGAAAAAAUCUAAUCAUGUCAGGCUAAAAUAUCAUAUAAUGGUUUGGUCAAAUGACCAGAUUAAAUAUUGUAUGAAUGAUGUUUUAUUACUGAGAUAGGUCUGUGUAGAGCCAUCGACUUGUGGAAGCAUUUCUCAAAAUGUGGUACUGUAUGCAGCUCCCUCUCAAAUAUGUAAAUGUGGAUUUCUGUAUGCAUCCUAUCUCAGAUGAUGCAGUCAGUUUAUGUCUGUUUGUAUUAUUGUCUGCCUUUAUUGUUUCAAAUAUUUAAGUUAUGCAUUGUGUAAUUUAAAUUGCGUCAAUGGAACUGAUGUGCCAGGUGCCAUGAAAGAGAUUUCACAAUGUUGUGUCAAACACCUCUAUACUUUGUCAUCUCCACUGCAAAUGUGUUUGUUAAAGUGUGUGCUGUAGGAUUUAGUUUAAUGGUUUGUUUGGACUAUGUUGACAUGCUAUAUACUUGUUGUCAGGCCUGUAAGGAUGAGGAUAUGCUUGCCAUGUUGCAUAGCAGUUAAAAUAAUCUCUAUCAUUGUGCAAGUCACAGUGCAAUGAUGACUUUUAAAGAGGAGCUGUGGAUUGCAUAGCAAGCGGGUUGAAAGCUGCUAAAAUAUUCACCCUGGAUUAGACAUUAAAUAUGGUCAUCAGUGUCCCUCAGCUGAUUACUGCUACUUCAAGCAAGAUGAAGCUUACAUUGAGUUUAACAGCUACUUUUGCAAAAGGUUAAAAUACACAGCUGUUGCCUUUGGAGUUGUUAUUCCUGAAAUUUUUGAAUGGGAGAAAUCUAUAAAGGCUAUACUCGUAUUUUCAUGCACAGCUUAAGAGAUAAACCUUUGUAUCAAUUUAGGUGUAAAAAAUACCUUUCCUUUACCUGCAUCCUGUUUUCACAUUCGCUUCUCUCACUGUUGGGGGGGACGGGACGGGACACACACUCAAUAAACAGCAGGAUCCAAGUCA